CUUUCAGUUAUCCUCGCGAUAAUAAACGAGAAAAAAAGCUAAAACCGUAAGAAAAUGGGAGUGGUGGUGAUCGACGGAUCAACGGUGCGGUCGUUCGUGGAGGACGAGGAGCAGUUCAAGAAGACCAUAGACGAGAGGUUCGCGGCUCUGGAUCUAAACAACGACGGCGUUUUAUCUCGAUCCGAGCUACGAAAGACGUUCGAAUCGAUGAGGCUUUUGGAAUCGCACUUCGGCGUCGACGUGGUGACACCUCAGGAGGAGCUGACGAGUCUGUACGACUCGAUCUUCGACAAGUUCGACACGGAUCAGAGCGGUUCCGUGGAUCUGGAGGAGUUCAGAUCGGAGAUGAAGAAGAUCGUGCUAGCGAUUGCCGACGGGCUCGGAUCGUGUCCGAUCACGAUGGCGUUGGAUGACAAUGAUGAUAAUUUGCUGAAGAAGGCGGCGGAUCUGGAAGCUUCGAAGCUCGAGAAGAAGGCUUCGUGAUGAACGAUGAUUUAAAUGGUUCUUUUUAAAGUGUUCUUCGUCUUCGUUGUUGCUUAUGUAGUGUUUGUUUGUGAUGUAAGCAAUAUGAAUAAUAAUAAUAAAGGCCUUUCGAUUUGUGAAA